AUGAAUGGGGACGCACCUUCAGGUCGGGGACCAGUCUCAAAGACUCGCCCCCCGUCCACCCGCACCACAAAAAGGGACAAGAAACGCAUCCACUGGGCACCACUAAACAUCGGCCUAGAACGACGUCUCCAAACCCUGAUCGUCCUCUGCCACACCCUAACAAUCGUCCUCUUCCUCUGCAGCUUCUUCUUCACUUGCGCAAUCCCCCCUAUUCUGGCCCCUCCUCCUCCCCUACCUAGUCUACAUCUCCCUAUUCUCAACAGCACCAACAUCCGGCGACCUCAAAUGCCGAAAGAAGAAGAACUCCCCCCGACAAAGAAGUACAUCUUCGGCUACCACCCACACGGCAUAAUAUCCCACGGCGCAUUCGCAGCCUUCGGCACCGAAGCCCUCGGCUUCAAAAAAUUAUUCCCAGGAAUCACAAACACCCUCCUAACCCUCGAUUCCAACUUCCGCAUCCCCUUCUACAGAGACUACGCCCUAGCCAUGGGCAUAGCCAGCGUAUCGCGAGAAUCCUGCGAAAACCUACUCUCCAAAGGCGGCGCCAAUGGCGAAGGAAUGGGUCGCGCAAUAACAAUCGUUAUCGGCGGUGCGCGGGAAUCUCUAAACGCCCAACCGCACUCGUUAAGACUCGUAUUGAAACGACGCAAGGGAUUCGUGAAAUUGGCGAUUCGCACAGGCGCGGAUCUUGUUCCUGUUCUUGCUUUUGGCGAAAAUGAUCUCUAUCAGCAGGUUGAUUCGGAUGAACAUCCUAUCAUUCAAAAGGUGCAGAUGCUGGUUAAGUCUACGAUGGGAUUUACUAUUCCGCUGUUUCAUGCAAGAGGGGUGUUUAAUUAUGAUGUGGGACUUAUGCCUUAUCGUCGGCCUUUGAAUAUUGUUGUUGGUCGGCCGAUUCCGGUUAUGCAGCAGUCUAAUCGGGAUAUGAUUGAUGACUCGUAUAUUGAUGAGUUGCAUGCGAAGUAUGUGGAGGAGCUUCAGAGGUUGUGGGAUACGUGGAAGGAUGUUUAUGCUAAGGAUCGGAAUGGGGAACUGGAGAUUAUUUCGUGA